AUGCGCUCCAUUUCCGGUCUUCUCGCUUCGGUCUCUAUCCUCGCCGCUCAGGCUGCAUCGGCCGCCGGUCGGGCUGCUGAUGCUUGCGCCACCGUGACCCUGAACGGUGAACUGCCCAACCCUACCCCUUCCAACUUCAAGUUCAGCGGCAAUGUUCGCAAAUACUAUGUUGCCGCGGACGAGGUCGACUGGAACUUUGCCCCUACAGGCUGGGACAACUACAUGGGCGUUCCCAUCGAUGUUUCUCCUCGCGCCAAGUCUUCAGGCUACCUUCCUCGCUUGACCUGGAGGAAAGCAUUGUACCGCGGCUACACUGAUGGAAGCUUCACUCAGAUGACCGAGAGACCUGCCUACGAAGGACUCCUUGGACCCAUCAUCCGUGCCGAAGUUGGUGACUUGAUCGAGAUCAUGUUCCUCAACAACUUGUCCGCAAAUUAUGCCUCUAUGCACUCCAUGGGUUUGAUGUACGACAAGGGUUCCGAAGGUGGUGAUUACCCCAACAACACCAUGCCUGGUCAAGAAUCUCCAUUUGUCGAGACCAUGGCCGUCGCUCCUGGCAACUGUGUCGUCUACAAAUGGAUGGUCAACGAAGAUGCCGGACCCAAUACUAUCAAUGAGCCCGCCAAAGGCCACAGCUACCACUCCUAUGUAACUAUGCAAGAAGGCACAAACGCUGGUCUCAUUGGUCCUACAUACAUCUACCCCAGAGGCCAAAUGGAGGAAGUCAUGGCUAACUGGAGGGAAUUCCCUGUGCUGUACAUGUCCAUCGAUGAGCAGGCAUCCUUCAUGUCCGAGAUUAACGAGCGUCUGAAUCAGACAUGGGGUGGUCAGAACUCGUCCUCUUCUUCGAUCAACGUCAACACGACCGAUGCAUCCGCCGGCUACAAUGAGUUCCAAGAUCUCCUGAAUUCUAACGGAGGCUAUGGUAACGAGUCCAUCUGGAAACCUCAGGUCACCAACCUUUUGUCGUCAGGACAUGGCAAUGCCCCUACCUUCUACAGCAUGAACGGCUAUGUCCUUGCCAACAACCCUCCCUUUGAGAUGUGUCGCGAUGACAAUGUUCUUUGGUACACUUAUGCUUACGGAUCCGGCUCGCAUGUGUUCCAUAUGCACGGAAAUGGUUUCUCGGAAAAUGGCCUUUCCAUGCCCUCCCAAAGCAUCAACGACGGCAAGAUGCACACUUUGGUCAUGACAGCAGCUGGUGUCGGCAAGUGGGAGGUCAUCUGUCACGUCAACAACCACAACACCAUGGGUAUGGUCGCAGACUAUCGCGUCUUUGACGGCUACUGCCCCAUCACCCCUUUGGGCUACCACAACGGAACAGAGUGGAACACCACAACACCUUACCCCAACAUGUAA